AUGAAAGCCAGUCAUUUUUCGGCCGUUGCAACACUAGCAAGAGUCGUCCUCGGCUCCAAGCUUCAAUAUCCCAUAGGCGGAAGUGGCCUUCAUGGAACAAGAGAUUCGUCUGAAUUCGAGAAUAUAAUCGCUUCGUCGCCCCUUCUGGCAUUCCACAAGGCUAUUGUGGAGAUCUCAUCUAUCAGUGGGGAUGAGAAAAAUGUGGGAGAAUUUGUCCUCGACUUUCUAUCGUCGCAGAAUUUCACGGUCGAAAAACAGAUCGUGGCUCCAGAAACCGGGCAUAGUAAAGAUCGGUUCAAUAUCUACGCCUAUGUUGGUGACAAUCGAUAUCCCGAUGUACUGCUGACCAGCCACAUCGACACGGUCCCACCUUUCAUUCCGUAUUCUCUCCACCCGCCGAGCUCGGGCGCUGCAGAAGGGCCGACAUUCAAUCGCACAGAGCUGAUGAUUGCCGGCCGUGGCACGGUCGAUGCCAAAGCCAGCGUAGCCGCCAUCAUCUUUGCUGCUAUCGAGACUCUUCACGACAAGCCCGAUGCCUCGGUCGGGUUGUUAUUUGAUGUCGGCGAGGAGAAGCUUGGUACAGGCAUGAAACAUUUCUCCGACUCAGAUCUCAAUCCAACCCCGUCAACAUUCCAUACAGUCAUUUUCGGGGAGCCUACUGAGCUCAGUCUUGUGGCCGGUCAUAAAGGGUCUCUGGGUCUGAAGGUUAUCGCCAAGGGCAAAGCUGCCCAUUCAGGAUACCCCUGGCUGGGGCAGAGUGCGAUCUCAUCCAUCCUCCCGCUCUUGUCCCGUCUCGACAAUUUGGAGAAUAUCUUGCCUGAGAAUGGUGGGCUUCUUCGAAGUGACAAAUUGGGCAAAUCAACUUUGAAUAUUGGGGAAGUCCAUGGCGGCGUCGCCGGCAAUGUCGUUCCAGCCUAUGCCGAAGCAUUAGUCUCAGUCCGCCUCGCAGCAGGAACACCGGAUGAUACGAGAGAAAUUCUCCAGAGGGCUGUUGAGGAUCUCACCGGAAGUGAGGGAAAUGUAUAUCUGGAUUUUGGAGAAGGAAAGGCUGGUGGUGCUCCACCUCAGCAUUUCGACGUGGACGUGCCUGGGUUUGACGUUACUACUGUGAAUUACGGCACCGAUGCUGCCUCACUGCACAUCCAUGACCAAGGUACCAAGAGGGUUCGUCGCUAUUUGUAUGGCCCCGGGAGUAUUCACGUUGCGCAUGGCGAUAACGAGGCAAUCACGGUGGGAGAGCUGGAAGAGGCGGUGGACGGGUACAAAAGAUUAAUCUCAGCUGCACUAUGA